AUGAGUCAACAAACACUUAUAACGCGAAUAGCAAAAAAUCGAGUUAGUGCUAUCAAGAAGGGGAAACAUUUGCCAUCAACUUUUCGCAAUAAACUCAUUGCGGCAGUACGUCCCAAUAAAAUAGCAACGGUAAAUUUUUUCGCCGACAUUAGCGACAUUACCGGCGAUCGUCAAUUAUUUCCAGAUGAUCAAGACACGACAGCAGUUUGUCAUCAUGCGCUAUUAGCAACGCACACCGUUAACGAAGAUGAUCUUCUAUCACUGUCUCAAUCCAUCUAUGAAAAUGUAAACGACGAUGGUGUGCUUCAGGCGUAUUACGUGUCUAAAGACAAUUCGCGUUACAAUCGAAUCGAUGCCGUUUGCAUUAUCAACAUCUUGCGAUUUGCCUAUGCACAACGACACGAACGUUUUGUUCAACGUUCCGAAGAUUAUGUUUUCGACUGGCUAAUCAGCGGAAAGUACAAAUCUGGCACGAUCUACUAUCCCAGUGCUUAUACAUUCCUGUAUUUCUGUUCGCUGUUGGCAUCGACAAAUUAUCAGACUAAGAUUAGGUUCAUGGAUACGCUACGGCGGGAGUUUGAUCAGAUCAAACUAGAAGACUUAAAAUAUCCCUUGGACUACGCUCAAACCAUAUUAACAGGCGCGAAAAUUGGAUUGUACGAUGAAAGUUUGAUCGAAAAAUUAUUGGAAAUGCAAAAUAUGGAGGAUGGAAGUUGGCCGGCCGAUGCUUUGUAUUGUACACAUCGUGUAAAAGUUUAUUAUGGAUCAAAAUCCAUUUCAACGAUAUUGUCCGUUUUAGCGCUUAUGGAAACGGUUUAG